CGUAGCGCAGCGAACGCUGGGCAAGUGUUGAGCGGUUAAAUAAGAAAAGUGCCCGCCUACAACAAGUAGGCGGAAGUCCCAGCCAGUGUUCUGCGCCAGCUACUUCGUCGUCCAAAGACCGAGUGCCGCCCCAAACCGUCCGAGGAGAGCUCCUCCUGCCAUCGCCCAUCGCCGUCCUGGCCUCCUGUUCUGCUCCCGAUAAGCGUGUAAGCCUAACAUAUGGCAUCCAGCGUCGAUGCCAGCCGUCGGCACUUCUUGUGGUGUGCCGAUUAUCAUGGCAAGCAAUGUACAUCAACAGCAGCAACAUCCAUGCACCACAAGUGAAGAGCCGAAGCAUCAGAGAGCACGACGAUCGGAAAAGGACCAGGAUCCAGCAGCAGCCGGAGUAUGCCAGCAGUCCCGACCUAAGCAGCGAACCCCUCACCACCACCACCAGCAGCAGGAGCAGCAUCCGCUAGCGGAGCAGGAGCCAGGUCCGGCCAAGGUACAGCCUCGCCAGCACGAGCUACUGCAUCAUCAGCGCAAAUUGCCAUCGGCGCUGCCUGCUCGUGGCCGCCUACUGAUCAGUGAGGGCGCCCGGAACCGGGAGGUGCGAGGUUGCGGAUCUGGCGGAGGCGGUGGACUGCUAUGCUGCACCCUGGACGCUCUGAACAGGCCAGCCAAACUGCUCCAAAUUGGAUUCCUUCUGCUGAUCCUCCUGCUCGUCACACAUGGAGAUCCUGUGCAAGCGGAGGGCAAUGUUGGCUGCCAGUUUGUUAGGACGCUAUGCAUACCGCACUCCGAGGUCUGCUACGAUGACAACAUCUUCGGAAAGUGCAUUCCAACCACCGGUGUCGACGUUGAGGACAUUGAGAAGACACCUCUCACCGAGGAACAGUCUCGUGUGCUGGCCACCAUGCUGGAGGAGCUUCAGGGCGCCGGCCUAGGCUGGGACCAUCCGUACGUCCAGUGCCGCAUCCAGGGAUCGCUCUUCUCGCUCCAGCGCCAACAGCAGCUUCCACCGAACCUGUGCGCCAAUUUGGCUCCCGCUCCGCCGGAGUUCGGGGAUCCGGCAAGCGCCAUGGCCUAUGUGCGCUUCACGCCGCCGGAACCGGAAACCGAACUCGAUUACUACGAGCAGCCCAGCCAGGCGCAGUUCUAUCCGGCGCUGAGGAAGAAGCAGGUGCGGGAAAACGAUGCCAACGACAUAUACCUCAAUCGGAUGCUGCAGGAUCGCCGGCCUCUGCGCCACGAUCCCGGGGAGCUGGAGCACUUUGGCAAGGGGAACGGACAUGGACACGGGCAUGACGCUCAGAUGGAUGUGCCAAGCAUUAUGGACACGUUCCUGGAAACCGAGCGUCAGAGGAUCGAGCGCGAGCAGGAGCUGCGGCAGGUGGAACAGGAUGCUGACCGCCGGGCGGAGCAGCAGAAUCGGUUGGAACUGUAUCAGAUUCUGGCCGCCUCGGAGCCCGAUCCUCAGCCCUACCAGCGGAAGACCCAGGCGCCGGCGAAUGCCAUGGACCAGCUGGAGGCCAUCGUGGAGCAGCAGCAGCAGCGCGAGCUGAAGGAACUGAAGCAGCAGCAGGAACAGCAGGAGCAGGAGAAGGCCAAGGCCCCGGUCUAUGUGCCGCCAGAGGAGGUGAACGAGUCGAGCGAGCUCUACUUCCCGGACAACUUCGCCCCUUUCAAACGGGCCAGGGGCGGCUCGAGGGGCGGACUGGGACUGGGCGAGGUAGAGAACGCGCAACCGAAGCGUUCCUUCUUCCGCGAAUUGGCCGGCGAACAGGGAUUGGUUCAGGAACAGCUUUUGAGCUUCCGACACGCCGAACCCGAAGUUGAAUCCACUCCCGAGCUGGCCAAGCGACGUCCUCCGGCAUUUAGCCAACUGGAUCCGAACGACGUGGACGCCCAGCAGCAGGAACUGGCGUUCGAGUCGGGCUUGCUGCGGAAUUCACUGACUCCACUCGAGGAGGAGGCCAUGCUGGCCUCCAACAGUUUCCCCCGGCAGGCGAACAGCCAACGGGUCUAUACCGAGGGGGGAAUGCUCGUGAUGCCACCCCAGUACGGACCAGAUGCGGAUGGCAUGCAGGCAGAUGAGCCGGAGAAUGUGAAGCAAUCGCUGCUGGCCAAUAUGCUGGGAUUUGCCCGCCAUGAGCGCCUCGAUGUGAAGAAGCCUGGUCCGCUGCUGGGACCUCCAUCCCUUGGCUCCUCCGAGCUGAGCAACCAGCUGGAAACGGACAAAGCAGGAGCACGGAAAACGGACGGCAAUGGCAAUGGCAACAAGGAGGUGCUGCCCGCCCACAUCAAGGGCAGUGCCGAGGACGACGAGGCUCACAAGAAGAAGAAGGUCAUGAAGCAGCAGCACUCGGCCGAGGAUCAUGCGCCGCACACCGUUGACACUGAAUAUGUGCAUGUGUUCGUCAAGAACCCAAUUGACAGUUGGAACGAUGGGCAGCGCAUCAUGAAGGAGCUGGAGCAAAUACUACACAUGCAGGGAUACUUUUCUUAUUUAACCGUUCAACAACACGAAGUCAGCUUCCGGGUGAACUCAAACAACCCCGAGCGCAAGACCGCCGGCGAUGUGGCACGGACCAUCAACGAGAACCGCGGCGUCAAGAACAACAUUCAGAGACGCGUCGGGUUCUACGUGCUGCAUGCCGGCGUUGGUGACGUGAUCAAGGACCUGCAGGACCCGAGUGUCUCCUCAUCCCGCAUUGAGCUGGCCGAGCAGGGACCGGAUGUGACCCACAUCAUGGCCUACAUGUUCGCCGGCGCUGGUGCCGCCGCUGUGAUCGUGAUAUUUGUCACCUUGAUCCUGAUCAAGCGGCACGAUCGCAAACGGGAUAAGCUGGGCGGUCUGCAGUCGGGCAUCGCGGGGGCGGAGACCUGCAGCAAGGAUUACCAGGAACUCUGUCGUGCCCGAAUGGCCGGUAAGUCAGGCAACGGCAGCGGCGGCAAUUCGGCCGGAGGCGCAGCCGGUGGCUCCAACGAGCCGGCGCACAGUGGAAGGAUUACAUCGUUGAGCAAGGAGAACGAAGGCCGACCGCCAUCUUCGCGAUCUAGCACCUCGUCCUGGAGCGAGGAGCCCGCACUGACGAACAUGGACAUUUCAACCGGACACAUGGUGCUGUCUUAUAUGGAGGAUCACUUGCGAAACAAGGGACGCUUGCAGCGGGAAUGGGAGGCGUUGUGCCGCUAUGAGGCCGAGCCCAGUGCUCGGGAGGCCGCCUCCCAGCCGCAGUGCGCGGGACUGAACAGACCCGGGGCUCCCUUGCCCUACGAUCACUCUCGCGUUGUCCUCAACCAUCUGGCCAACGCUGAAGGACUGGACUAUGUAAAUGCCUCAACGAUUACCGAUCACGAUCCACGAGCCCCCGCCUAUGUGGCCGCCCAGGGUCCACUACCGUCGACCCUGGCUCACUUCUGGCAGAUGAUCUGGGAGCAGGGAGCCGUUGUCAUCGUGGCCCUCUGUCGACUGCAGGAGAACGGAGAGGUGGCUUGUGCGCGCUAUUGGCCGGAAGAAGGUGCCGAGGUCUAUCACAUCUAUGAGGUUCACCUAGUUAGUGAACACAUUUGGUGCGAUGAUUACCUCGUACGUUCUUUCUACCUGAAGAAUCUGCGCACCAGCGAAACCCGAACGGUCACCCAGUUCCACUUCCUGUCCUGGCCGCACAUGGGAGUGCCUGUCCAGGCAAAGGCACUGCUCGAUUUCAGGCGGAAGGUGAACAAAUCCUACCGAGGACGUCGCUCCUGCCCCAUUGUGGUGCACGGAAGUGCCGGAGGCGGUCGAACUGGUGCCUACAUCCUGUUGGACCUGGUCCUGGAGCGGAUGAACAAGGGUGCGCGUGAGAUCGACAUUGCCGCCACCCUGGAGCACCUGCGUGACCAGCGGGCGGGUGUGGUGGCCACUCGACAGCAGUUUGAAUUCGUGCUGAUGGCCGUUGCCGAGGAGGUGCACGCCAUCCUAAAGGCCCUGCCGGCGAACACGUCCGGCGAGAAGCGGGAACUGGACAAGGAUCCCGUUGUGGGCGGUGGCAACAGCAAUUCUAGCAGCAGCAGCGCCACCAAGGAACCGCUCAAGGAGGACAAGGCGCAGGAGGCCGCCGAGGAGGAGGCGCCCACCAGCAGUUCCAAGGCAGCCGCAGCUGCGGCCAAGGAGAAGGAGAAGGAAAAGGAGAAGGAGCAGCCGAAGGAUCAGUCCCAGCGGAAGGAGUCGAAGGGCGCGGAGCAAAAGACGCCGGCCAAACCAGCGAAGCAGACGAAGACGAAGUAAUCCAACCCGAUCCAGGAUCGGGUUGAAGGUUAAGCCUCAGGUUAAAGAUGAUUGUUGCAGCGUUUCGGGGGUCUUUUCGUUGUUUCUAGUUAGCGAAUUUAGUUCGACUUUGAGUUGGAGUGAGCACUUGGAAGGUUCGAAAAAGGCUUCACAAGGUUGUCAGUAGUAGGACGUUAUCGUAGUUGCUUUCGCGAGCAACCUUAUUCCUCAGUUAAUGUACACCAGCGUCGAGAAGCACAUGGUCCCCGGGAUGGGGGUCCUCCGGAGCGCAACGCUGCCCCGGACAUGCACCAGCCCGUCUGAUCCGGAGUGCGUCCGAGCGGCGUGAUCCCUGCACCCCGGCGACGAUGUGUGGCGCAAGCUACUAUAGAACGCACGAUAUAUGUAUACAUAUAGAAUAUUUGAGUGUUAAAGGAUAUACAAGAAAUAUUUACAUACAAUACAUACUUAUACUUAUAUACAUGUCUAGGUGUUAAGCAUUGAUUCAAUUAUGGAGCAUUUUACUUACGCGUACACUAAUCGAUAACCGAUAUUGGCAUAUUCAGCGUUAAACCCUAUUGAUGUGCUUGGAAAGCAGACGAACGACAAACAACCGAGCUACAAGGUAUACAUAUGCCAAGCCAGACCGAACAGAACCGAACAGAACAGAACAAACAUAUACCUAAUCACCACACUGGACAUGGUCAGACACCACUACCCACUCCAGGCACCAGACACCGGACACUAGACACUAGCAGGAUUGCACACCGGAAACCAGAACAUAUGCACACCUUUACAGGUGACAGACACAAUACAUACAUACACAUACAUAUAUACAGAGAAACACUGAGAAAUGCAAAAUUUGUACCUUACAAAGUUCUAUAUAUUUACAAGACAUGGAAGGACGAGUUUGGUGAGGAGCAACCUAUUGAUGUGUAUGACAAUUAAUUAUACAAGGUUAUAACCGCACUCUUCAAAGUAUAUUUGUAUACAAUUAUAUUAUUCAUAUACAAAAGCUACGGCAAACGUCAUUAUCUACAUACAUAUGUGUAUCUAGCUAGCUAACCAUGAGUGUGCUAUUGAAUCAAGUAUCGUUUUACCAGACCAUAUGUACGUGUGCUAAGUCAAGGAACAAGAGAGCAGGAUAUCCUCAGUUAUUAUCAAUCGCUCCCUAAGCUAAGGCCACACUUUUUGCCCUUCGCAGUUGAUGAAUACACCGCAAGUUAUAUAUGCAUAUAUAUUAUAGUAUCUACCCACUACUUAUUAGUAUGAAAAUGUCAGAAAUGGCACCGCAGCUCCCUCCUCCUCCCGCCAGUCCGCGUCCGGCCCUAAAUAUACGAUCCAUUCUGACCAACAAAAAGGCAGCUAGGGGCUUGGGGCGGACUGGGCCACCGGGGAGAGGUCGGGGCUGCGUGUGCGGUUAGGAGUAUGUGCCACAAAACAAGCUACUGAACUUACCGGGAAAACAAAAAUAUUAAAAAAAUCCAAAAAAAAAAGAAACCGUUUAGAAUCGCCAGAAAUGGAAACUAAACACACAACACAACACGAAAACACUAAUCAAACCACAAGAUACACAUCCCACUCAGGCACGACCCUCGAACGGAUAAAACGGACUAAACAGGAAACGAAUCAAGCGAAAUAUAUCCAAAAGAAUCACACGGUACUAUGUGGUCGGGAGACUCGCCUCCUCGUCCACAUGACACGCUACACGAUACACCCCAGGGGACAGCCACAAAGAUACAAGUGACCAGCGACGCGAUCCGACGACCUGCGGAUGCUGUUGCAGAUGCAGAGGAACCUUCGAUUAGGCCAAACGAUCAACCAAAAAUAUGAAAAACUUCAAAAAUACAAAGCUCAGAUCGAUGAGGAAAAUGAUGUGCAAGUGCUGCUAAAAUAGCAGAGAAAAUAUUACAAAAAAAAUUAAUAAGAAAAGAAAAUGUAUCAAUUAAUUAAAGAUACUUACAGUUUUACGUAGCAGUUGAACUUAACCAUAAUGCAAAUGAGUUAUCGUAGUUCGAAUAUUCCAAGACGACAAAGAUAAGAUACAUUUCAGCUAAACUUAAGCAAGAAAACAAAAGAAAUACGAAACGAAUAGUUAUUAUCUCGACGCAAACGACUUCUUUGUUAACAUAUUCUUUGAUUUUGAACGUAAAAACACUACUCUCACACUACACAACAAAUAAAAGCAAAUGAGAACAAUAUUACAAUAACUGUGGCAAGUCCGAACAACAACUGGGGCUUGCGAAAAACUAAGCAAAAUUAUUAACGUGGUAGAAAGAAACAAAAGAGAAAACUAUGAAUAUAUGAGCAUAAUUAACGAUUA